UCUGCUCUGCUCUGCUCUGCGCGGCGCUCACGAGGCACCAGCCUGCGGGAUCGCGACCGGAACCAUGAAGGCGCUUUCGCGGCUCCUCGUGGCCUUGGGGCUCGUCAUUACCCUAUCUAGAGCUACCGCUGACGAAGAAGAUGAUUCCUGCGAAAAGUCGUGUGGUUCCCAUGCUGCAUUAGGGGCUGACUGCUUCUGCACAUGUGUACGCGGAUUCCAUUCAAAAAGUGGGAAGACAAGAUUCUGGAAUGUCUCUGCAAAUGACUGCGUGGACAUUGAUGAAUGCAAGACAAAUGCUUCCCUCUGUGAACCUGGUGGAGAAUGCCAGAACACCCAGGGGACCUACGUCUGUAACUGCAAUGAAGGGUUUGCACAGAGCGUAAGAGAUGACAGAAAGAUAUGCACAGACAUUGAUGAAUGCAAGGCAAAUGCUUCCCUCUGUAAACCUGGUGGAGAAUGCAAGAACACGCAGGGGGACUACUACUGUAAAUGCAAUAAAGGGUUUGCAAAGAGCGGAAGAGAUGUCAGAAAGAUAUGCACAGCACUGCCGUGUCCAAAGCUUUCAAGUAUUAAUUGUUCAGAUGCACAGGAUCGCUUUUGCAAACUUGCAACAGAGCUGAGCGGUCUUUGCACUUCAGAAGUGAGAAACCAGAGCCUGGAUAGUCUCAACGGUAUGCAGACACUGAUGGAUAUGCUGGGUGAGAUAGUGGUUUAUUUGGAGGAUAUGGACAAGACGCAGAGGCACCGCCGGGCUACUCAGCUGAUGCAGAUGGCAGAAUCCCUCCUCAGGUUUCUGGUAGUUCACCUGCCCAAAAAUAGCACCAUCUUUGGGUCCAGCAGAGACAUAGAUCUGUCCAUAGAGAUCAGGACCAACAGGAGUGAGAGCCUGGCCCGGCUGUCCCAGAAUGAGACACGGAUGGAGGUGGACUGGAGCGCAGUGAACAAGACGGGGAAAGACUUCAACAUGGUUGGCCUACUCACGUACAAGAACCUCAAGUCCGUCCUGACUGAGGCUGAGGUGAAAGGGAAAGAAUGGGAGGAAGUCGCAAAGUCAAAGAGGGCAGUCAAGCCCAGCUACAGGGUGCUCUCCAGGGUGGCAUCUGCUUUUGUCAACCACAAUGAGACAAUGUCUUUGAGCACCCCUGUCACCUUCAGCUUCACCCACCCAAAACCAAACUCGGAUCCUGACGUGAAGGUGAUUUGUGCCUUCUGGGAGCCUCUCAAUGGCACUGGGCGCUGGUCGGAAGAAGGCUGCAGGCGCCUGAACUCCAGCACCAGCACCACAACCUUCUGCCAGUGCGACCACAUGACGAGCUUCGCUGUGCUCAUGGCCUUCUAUGAUGUGCAGGACAAAGGUUUGCUGAUCAUCACCAAGAUUGGACUGGUUGUAUCUCUCAUCUGCCUGUUUCUCGCCAUCCUCACUUUCCUGUUUUGUCGUGUCAUCCGAGGGAUCCGCACCAGCAUCCACCUGCACCUUUGCUUGGCUCUCUUUGCUGGCAACGUCACCUUCCUGAUGGGUGCUGGAAACCCUAGCAACAUGAUAGCAUGUGCCAUAGUGGCUGGGCUGCUACAUUACUUCUUUCUGUCCGUCUUCUGCUGGAUGCUGCUGGAGGGCGUGGAACUCUACUUGAUGGUGGUUCAGGUCUUCAGAACACACUGCCUCAAGCACUGGCACAUCUUCCUCGUGGGCUAUGGGCUACCAGCUGUCGUGGUGGGCAUCUCAGCUGCUGCAAAUAGCGAGGGCUAUGGCGGCAAGAACUGCUGGCUUGCAAGGGAACGUGGGUUCCUGUGGAGCUUCUUGGCACCAGUCGCCUUCAUCAUUGUGGUCAAUGCCAUUGUCUUUGUGAUUACAAUCUGGAAGCUCUCUGAGAAGUUUGCUGACAUCAAUCCUGACAUGAAUAGAUUGAAAAAGCAGAGGGUGCUCACUAUCACAGCCAUCGCCCAGCUCUGCAUUUUGGGCCUCACCUGGGUCUUCGGUUUGUUUCAGUUCAGUAAUUGCACCCUUGUCAUGUCUUACAUUUUCACCAUCUUCAACAGCCUGCAGGGUCUCUUCAUUUUCAUACUGCAUUGUCUACUCAAGCAACAGGUGCGCGAUGAAUACUAUCGCUGGUUUUGUAAGGGCGGAUUUGGCAAGGUACAUGGCAGUGACAAGUAUUCGGACUUCACCUCCAUAGCAGGUUCCAACACAUUACGGGCAAACAAGUCUUCAAGUGAAUCUGGAGUAUAGCAGCCCUUUGCAGAAGCUCCAGGAAUGCUGCAUUGCAGAUGACAAACACUUAUUCUGGUGGUCUCUCCACUAGAAUUAUCUGCUGGUACAGGCCUUUUGCAACAAGGACAACAAAACUUCCAGAAAGCUGUGUAGAGACCUACCUAGCAAGCUCAAGCACUGGACAAACGCUCUUAAGAUAUUGGCACAGGCCUCUUCAGCAAGGGGUCUCUUUUCCCUUCUUGCUCUUAUUCAAAACAAAACGAGAUAGCCUAAGUUUGUAACUAGGUACUUGCACAUAUUACACUUUUAAAGAAGCCCUUGCAAUGGAAAUGGGUUAGCUCUAGCAAGAGUGCACUGCCAUGGGCCAAGCAAUUUGUACCUCAGGAGGUGAUCAUCAGAAAUAGGAAGGAAAUAACCAGUUUGCUAGCUGCAGCAGCUAGUUCUGAGAAUCGUCCAUUCAGUGAGUGUCUAGUUUGCUUGCGCUUCCUCUGUGCAUAAGUCUAAGUUGUUGACUGCAGCACAAAGAAGUCCAGCUGGAGAUCUAAAAAGGGUACUAUGUGCAAAGCCUCAUAAGCCGGAACAUGGGCCUCAACCACCAGUGGCGAGGGUGGUGCCACAGAACUUCAAACUAUUUUGACUGUUCCCCUCAGCCCUACUUGACUCUUUUGUCCAAAGGUUAGCAAAAUAGUGAAGUUUAGUAUUUUGUGAGAUAAACAAUGGUCUAGAGUCUACUACAGGUUGCAGGUGAGCACUCGUGUCUAAAUGUCCCCCCAUAUAAACACAUCUGGAAAAUUGGCAAAGGCAAGGCUUGUACCUAGUUUUCUAUGUGCAAGGAUUUUUUAAAACAGAACUAGUCAAGCAGACUUCACUUGGCAAUCCGCAGCACAGACACAGGUUUGCUGCCAGGAUUCAAGUGGGACACAACAAGCCCUAGGCAAGCUAUGAAGCAAAGCUGCCCGGCCCUAAGUGCUGCUUUUUGUGCACCAAGGAAUCUGCCGUAUUCUCAGAAUUUAGCUGCAACCCAAUACUGUGAUAUUUCAUGGCUUGUUCAUACUUCAUAUAUUUGUGCAGAAGGACUAAAAUAUGUGACUGCAUCAUCAAUUGUGAAAGGUACCUUGAUGAAUUAUGCAUAUUGUUUCUUUAUACUGCUCUGAAGUAGAAGCCUAAUGCUUUUCUGGUCAUCACUGCCAGUAUUUUAAAGAGUGCAUGUGUAACAUACAAGUGUGUUCUUCAGCCCGACGUAGCUCUUUUGCUAGUACCCAUACCAGAGUUGAAAAAUUAUCAACUGCUUCUCCAAAUGCCUUGUAGAACAAGGGAAGAAUCCAACACAGAGACCAACAACAGAAGUACUAUCACCCAAGUCAUAAGCUAAGCACCCUACUUCUACUCUUGAAAAGGUUCUCAUACUCCCAUUUCUUUCCUGCCCCAUAGUUCACAUUUCUUCUGUUCUGUCCCUAGAAUUUUGCAUAGUGGCAGCAAAUAUACAAGGAAGAUGAUACCACACACGAGAAAUAUAAAUGUGAAGAAUCUGUCAAACAGCUGAGAGCCUCCUACACAAAGACUAAAUAAAUAAGAAAAAGACAGAUUUCUGGAAAUGGCUACCAAAGUUAAUGAAUAGAAUUAUACUGGUAGUUUAUACCAAAUACUAAAAUUUUACAGUGUUGCCUAUCUAGACUAAUUUAUUAAGGGCCAUUUCUAGUUUUGCCAAACUCCUGUUCUUGAGCCAAAGAUUUGUCUAUGCAUACUCCCAAUUCCAAAUGCACUUUAUUUCUAGAAUUCUGCCACUAGGUAACCCAUGCAGCCAGCACGAUACAGUUAACAAAUCUAAAUUUGUAUACUAUUCAGUGCUAGCUGAGAGGAAAGAAAGAAGGCUGUAUAGCAAAGUUUAAUUCUGUGCUGCAUUCCUUACUCCAUCCAUCAGAUGGUUGCUUUCAAACCUAGUCUUUCAAGUAGCUCAAUUUUGCACUAUUAUAGUCUGUGAAUUCGUUCUUGAAAUAAGGGAGAAUUCAAAAUGUAUAAAGUAAUAUUCCUGCCAUGAAACAUGCACACUCCAAGAGUGCCUGAAAAUAAACAUGUUUGCAGGUUAGCUAGACAUAUUUGCACAACAAAGCCUUUGUUCCCCUGUAAAUAGCAGCUCUUAUUUGAAGCACUUGUUUCUCAACCAUUUUUCCUAAUAUGUACAUUGAAUUAAAAGGUAUUUGGAGAUUCUGAGCUAUACUGUCUUUCAGAGCAAGUAACUUGGGGAGUGGGUGGCAGAGGAAAGGCAUGUCAAUACUAAGGGAAGGAACUCUCAUAUAAGUACAGUCAGAUCGGCAUUCUAUGAUGCUAGGUCACUUGGCAAAACAAAGGACGUGGCCUCAGGCCCUUCACUGCUAUGUGAUAUGUGACUCUUCAGAAAGCAACCUGUUCCAUGAACAUGUACAGGAGUACAUGGAGGCUCAAGCAAGGAAAAAGAUAUUAAAGUGUUCAUAUCCUGUUUA